AAGCCAUUGACCUUUGCUGAUUGUGUUGGGGAUGAACUUCCUUUAGGAUGGGAAACUGUAUAUGAUAAACAAAUUGGAAUUUAUUACAUGGACCACAUAAAUAAGCUCACCCAGAUUGAGGAUCCCCGAGAACAGUGGAGACGAGAGCAGGAACGGAUGUUGAAGGAGUAUUUAAUUGUAGCCCAGGAGGCUCUCAAUGCCAAGAAAGAAAUAUACCAGAUUAAGCAGCAGCGGUUUGAGCUGGCCCAGGAGGAGUACCAGCAGCUACACAAGAUGUGUGAGGAUGACUGCCGCUCGUAUGCCAGCUCUUUCUCUGGAUAUUCAACAAAUACAAAGUACGACCCACACCAAAUUAAAGCAGAAAUUGCGAGUCGUCGGGAUAGGCUUUCCAGAUUAAAACGAGAGCUGACCCAGAUGAAGCAGGAACUGCAAUACAAGGAAAAGGGAGUGGAGACCCUGCAAGAGAUUGACCGGAAGAUGUCAAGUGCUCAUACCAACUAUAAGCUGGAUGAGGCACAGGCCAUCAUGAGUGAACUCCGGACCAUCAAGAAAGCCAUUUGCACAGGCGAGAAGGAGAGGCGGGACCUGAUGCAGAGCCUGGCUAAGCUAACUGACGGCUUCAAGAAUAGCUGCUCUCUUAUGGACUCAUUACAAGAUUUCCCUCCCAAUCCAGGCACACUGGGCGAUUCUUGUUUACCUCAACAAUUCUGCGAUGCUGGGUCUCAGACCGACAUCAUUGGAGAGUUUGUCUUUGAUGAUAAAACAAGACUUGUGGACCGAGUCCGACUUAACUGGCAGUAUGAAGAAGCCAGAAAGAGAGUCUCCAGUAUCCAGCAGCAGCUGGCCCAGCUUGAAAAUGAGUCCUGGCCAGGAAUGGCUGAGGCCGACAGGGAUCGGCUCCAGCUCCUCAAAGAGAAGGAAGCCUUGCUUCAGGAGCUUCAGCUCAUCCCUCAGCAGAGGAGGUCGGCAGAAGAUGUGGCGCGACUGGAGGAGGAGAUCCAGCGAGCCCGAGCCACAUCUGCACAGGGUGCCACGGAAAGGAUUCUACUUCAGGAGAAAAGAAAUUGUCUACUGAUGCAGCUGGAAGAAGCUACCCGCUUAAAGUCCUAUCUCCAGUCCCAGUUAAAGAGCCUGUCUGCCAGCACCCUGACGGUGUCCUCGGGGAGCAGCCGGGGCUCCCUGGCCUCCAGCCGAGGCUCACUGGCCUCUAGCCGAGGUUCCUUGAGCUCUAUCAGCUUCACCGACAUCUAUGGCCUGCCACAGUAUGAGAAACCCGAUGCUGACGGCGGCCAGCUUUUGCGCUUCGACCUAAUUCCCUUUGACUCUCUGGGACGAGAUGCCCCCUUUUCUGAUUCCCCUGGCCCCUCCAGCUUCAACAAGCAGAGGCGGUCCCUGGACACACCCCAGUCCCUGGCUUCCCUGUCCUCCCGCUCCUCCCUGUCUUCCCUGUCACCCCCAAGCUCACCUCUGGACACACCCUUCCUUCCGGCCUCGCGGGACUCUCCUUUGGCCCAGAUGGUGGAUGGUUUUGAAGUGCCAGGCCUGGGCGCAUUAGACAGACUGCGGACCCAGGCCUCUGCUCUGGGGGAUGAAGAACUGCAGGGAACAAUGUCCCUUCAGCCACACCUAUUCCCCUGCGAUGGGGAAGGAUCGCGCGAGCGAGGACCCCAACUGGCUGGUGCUCCUGCAGGUGGAACAGUGACUCUUCGAGAAGACAGUGCCAAGAGGUUGGAGAGGCGAGCUCGCCGUGUCUCUGCUUGCCUGUCGGAUUAUUCUCUAGCCAGCGACAGCGGGGUGUUUGAACCUUUAACCAAAAGGAGCGAAGAUGCCGAGGAGGCUGCCUAUGGUGAGGCUGGCAGUCAUGAAGAGCCCCAGAUCCACGUGGGGUUUUUGCACGAUAGCGGCAGUGAAUGUCUCCUCGUGAAUGUAUUGCAGCUGAAGAACUUUGCUGGGCUGGGUGUGAAGGAAGACUGCAAGAUACACAUCCGCGUCUACUUGCCUCCACUCGACUCUGGCACGCCCAACACCUACUGCUCUAAGGCUCUAGAAUUCCAGGCUCCGUUGGUGUUUAAUGAAGUUUUCAGAAUCCCUGUGCAUUCAAGCAUGUUGACAGUGAAGUCCCUUCAAUUAUAUGUCUGUUCCGUGAAUCAUCAGCUGCAGGAAGAGCUCUUGGGCAUUGCGCAGAUUAACUUGGCCGACUAUGAGAGUUCCAGUGAAAUGCAGCUGCGCUGGUAUUCCGUCCAGGUCUUCACCAGCUCUGAGCCACAGAGUACCAGGGAGAGUGAGCGUGGGGAAGAAUGCAUAGCACAGGAGCCUUCACACUCCGACUUUGGGAAAACGGAUGCUGUGACUGUGCUUCUGGCGAGAACCACAGCCCAGCUGCAGGCCGUGGAGAGGGAGUUGGCGGAGGAGAGGGUGAAGCUGGAGUGCACUGAGGAGGAGAUCCUCCAAGUGGAGCGGCGGGAAGGCCACGCAGAGGCUGCCCCCGACAGGAGUUGGCAAGCUGACUCGGUCGAUAGUGGGUGCAGCAACUGCACCCAGAAUAGUCCCCUGUACCCAGAGCCCUGUUGUGUUGGUGUCAAAUCCAUCCAUGGCCACACGUUUGCUGGCCAGACAGAUCCUUACAUCCCCGAGCAACUUCAGCCCCCACCUCUUAAGGUUGAUAAGGAAACCAACACAGAAGAUCUCUUCCCAGAAGAAGUUGCAAGUCUUCCAAAAGAGAGGGCCAGCCGCAGGGCCCGUGGGUCUCCUUUUGUGAGGAGUAGCACUAUCGUCCGUUCACAGACGUUCUCACCUGGAGCACGAAGCCAGUAUGUUUGCAGACUUUAUCGUAGUGACAGCGACAGUUCAACGCUGCCGCGGAAAUCACCCUUUGUCCGAAAUACUUUGGAAAGACGAACCCUCCGCUAUAAGCAGUCCUGUAGGUCUUCCCUAGCCGAGCUUAUGGCCCGUACCUCCCUCGACCUGGAGCUGGAUCUCCAGGCGUCAAGAACGAGGCAGAGGCAGCUGAACGAGGAGAUCUGCACCCUUCGUGAACUGAGGCAGCGAUUAGAAGAUGCCCAGCUCCGAGGCCAGACCGACCUACCCCACUGGGUGCUUCGGGAUGAGCGAUUCUGGAACCUGCUGAAGGAAGCAGAGAGGCAGACAAGACAGACCAAACUUGAGCACCAUCAGGAACAGGCAGCUGAGAAGAUGCUGAAGAAAGCCUCUAAAGAAAUCUACCAGCUGCGAGGGCAAAACCACAAACAGCCCAUCCAAGUGCAGACCUUUAGGGAGAAGAUAGCAUUUUUUACCAGACCAAGGAUUAACAUACUUCCUCUGCCAGCCGAUGACGUUUGAUGUAGUGCCUUGUACACAUGAAGUAUUUAUCUGCCUGUUUUAUUUCCAUGAGUUCUUAUACUAGCUAAAUUUAUCUUUAAAAUGUUUGUGCAAAGCUAUUAAUAUACACAUUUUGUAAAAAA